UGCAGUUAUCUCGUUGAGAAGUUAGUAAAAGAGGCAGUGGUGGGAAAAGGCAACUGCGCCAACUAGGCAAUUGAUGCCAGACUAGGCGGACUAUCAGACUGGUUUGGUAUGUGUGUACGCACGUGCACUUGCUGCCUUUUCACUGUCCUGUGUUGUUGUUAGCCACAGGACGGACAUUUGGAUCUCUUCCUUCUCAAGCUGGAGGACAGCAGGAGUGUUCAGAAACAAAUGAAGACUCUUCAGAAGAAGCAAGCUCAAAUUGUGAAAGAAAAAGUUCACUUGCAGAGUGAACACAGCAAGGCUUUCUUGGCAAGAAGCAAACUGGAGUCUCUUUGUAGGGAACUUCAGCGUCACAAUAAGUUGUUAAAGGAAGAACAUCUGCAGCAGGCAAAGAAGGAGGAAGAAAAUUGUAAAGAAGCAACUGCACAUUUCCAAAUCACUUUAAAUGAAGUUCAGGCUCAGCUGGAACAACAGAACAUACAAAAUGUCAAACUUCAACAAGAGAACAUCAAACUUGGAGAGAAACUAAAGAAGUUCAUUGAACAGUAUGCGCUGAGGGAAGAGCAUAUUGAGAAAGUGUUCAAACAUAAAGAACUGCAACAACAUCUUAUGGAUGCCAGACUUCAGAGAACAACACAGCUAAUAAAGGAAAAUGAAGAAAAGCACCAGAAAGAGAGAGAAUUUUUAUUAAAAGAAACAACAGAAUCAAAACACAAAUAUGAAGAAAUGAAACAACAGGAAGUGCAACUAAAACAGCAGCUUUCACUUUUUCUGGAUAAGUUUGAAGAGUUCCAGACUACAAUGGCAAAAAGCAAUGAACUCUUUACAAGUUUCAAGCAGGAAAUGGAAAAGAUGACAAAGAAAAUUAAAAAAUUAGAAAAAGAAAUGAUAAUAUGGCGUACCAAAUGGGAAAAUAAUAAUAAAGUACUUCUGCAAAUGGCUGAAGAGAAAACUGAUCGCGAUAAAGAGCACAGGGCCUUUCAGAUAAAACUGGAACGGUUAGAGAAGCUAUGCAGGGCUCUUCAGACAGAAAGGAAUGAGCUGAGUAAGAAGGUGGAAGUCUUAAAAGAGCAGGUGUCUGUCAAAGUGACUGAUAGGGAUUUAGCAACGCCUGGGAUGCGACCCUGCCCUGCCCUGGAUCCUCACAAGGAGCAGAACACUUCCUCAAAAAGAGCCCCAGGAGUGUUCUUGGAGGCUGAGUCCAAGGAAGUGAAUGAAACAAAAUGCCACUCAAAAGACCCUUUCUACAAGCAUUGAUUAUGUGAGGAACUAUGAUCCCCUGUAUUGAGAGAAGGGAAAUAUGAUCCCCUGUAUUACUUUCUUUGUCAGUAGUAAACACUGGUUUUGUGGUGAAAAUUUACUUACUCUUUGUACCUAUGUUUAUAUUUAUAUUUUCUUACAACUAUUGCACUAUGUGUUAUAUAGAAGGCUGCUUGGCAGUUUUGCAUUGUUUUAAUAUAUGCAUUUUCAUAGUUCUGUUGCUCAUCAUUCAGAUUUUUCACCAUUCAUUGGAAUGCAUGUCUUCAUUGCCUUGUCCUUCCACUGUGUAAGUUUAUGUGUUCAUUUAUUUACCCCUGCUCUUUGCAUUAUUAUCUUAACUAAAUUGAGACAUGUUUUGAUAAUAGUUUUCUGAGUUAUAAACAAAUACUAAUUUAAACUGUAUAGCCCCUAAUAUGAAAUGUAUAUAUACAUACAUAUGUAUGCAUACACACAUACAUAUUCUCUGAUAUUCUCUCUGUCUUGACUAGGGCUGCUUUCCUACAACAGCUGCAGGGUUGAACACAUAUAGAAUAUAUAGAAUAUAUAUAGCCCUGUAUGUCAGUCCUAUUUGAAAACACUCUGGAUAUCCCAAGAAAAGUUUAAAUGUUGGUGUCACUUAAAAUGGUGUUACACUAUUUUGUGGACUCUGCUGGAGUGGUAAUUUGUUUAAUGAUAGUGGAUUCUAAGAUAGAGAAAAAACUUUGGUCUAGAGUACAGCAUUUCAUCUUUGUAUAUUAUGUAACAUAUAUAUGUACAUACAUUUACAUAUAUACACAUAUAUGUACACACACACAAAUAUCUAUGAAGAUGAUUAGUUUUGUUAAGUGCCAACUAAAAUUCAGGUGUGGGAUCAGAAGCAAGUAUGGUCUACUGAUUCAGAUUAGUUUUUUGAUAAUAUUUGCAUUACUUGGCAUUUCUGACUAUAAGACUUGAAUCCCUCAACAUUGGCAGAAUAUGUUUAUGAAGAUGUCAUUUUUAAAGAAAAUAGUAUAGGCGGGCAAGUCAUUAAGCCAAUAGGCUUGAUGUUUAUAUGACUAAGUAGUCCUGCUUUUUAGUUUCAGGUUAGAGAAGAUGUUUAAAGAAAAAAUAAAUAGUAUCUAUAUUGUCUGCAGGAGAAAUAAUAGUAACUAUAUCUUCCAAGAAAUUUGGAACUGUUUGAAUGUAUUUCUUUUUUUUUUUUUGUAGAGACAGAGUCUCACUGUACCGCCCUUGGGUAGAGUGCCGUGGCGUCACACGGCUCACAGCAACCUCUAACUCUUGGGCUUACGUGAUUCUCCUGCCUCAGCCUCCAGAGCAGAUGGGACCACAAGCGCCCGCCACAACGCCCGGCUACUUUUUUUGUUGUUGCAGUUUGGCCGGGGCUGAGUUUGAACCUGCCACCCUCGGCAUAUGGGGCCGGCGCCCUACUCACUGAGCCACAGGCGCCGCCCUGAAUGUAUUUCUUAAUUUUUGUGUUAUUGCAGCAUUUGAAGAUGUCCCUGGAACAUUUGUUGGCUAUCAUUGGAAGAAAACAGAAAAUGUUCCAGUAGCCUUAUUCUUAUAAGAAUAAGUCUGGAAAAUAUCCCAGUAGUCUUAUUCUUAUAAGGAUAAAUCUGGAAUGUGAAAUUUCUUUCUUUCUUUUUUUUUUUUUUGCAGUUUUUGGCCAGGGCUGGGUUUCGCCACCUUUGUUGUAUGGGCCCAGCGCCCUACUCCUUUGAGCCACAGGUGCUGCCCUGGAGUGUGAUAUUUCUUAAGUUUCCCCUACUGAAUUUGAUACCCAAGGGGCCAUAUGUUGUGGGAAAAUAAAUUUACAUGAAGUUUGACAAAUUUAUGUAAUUACUCUCCUAAAAUGAGCAAAACAAAAUGACAUCUACCAUCACUUUUUAUAAAUACCCAUAAAUGAAAUC